AUGGCGAUAAAUCCUGCAUUUAUACCACGAGAAUUGCACGAAGUAUAUGCACCUGAUGAAUAUGAUACAGAAAGUAGUAUUAUAGCAUGUAACUUUCCAACUGGUACAAAUAUUGAAGAGUGCCGAAAUUUUAUGUCAUGGAUUGGUCCAGUAAUAUAUAUUGCAAAUGCACCGUCUGUUCAAAAAGAAACCAACUUCGUUGUGGUAUUUGCAGCACCAGACUUUGCAAUAAAAGCUAUCCAACAAUCUCAGCUAAUAUACAAUGAAGGGUAUAAAAUAUAUUGUCGACUUGUUGAUGAAAAACCAACAUUAUGGAGUAAUAUAGUAUCAUAUUUUCAUAGUGUAGAUCAACAAUAUGGAACAUCUGAACAAAUAUCAAACUUUGUAAAUGAUACUGCAGCACCAGCUGUUUAUAAUACAUCAAAUAAAAUUCAAGUUGGCAUUAAGGAAUUAGUAAACUCUGAUUUAUCCAAUCAAGUUACCAAAGGUAUUGCGAAUGUUUCCAAACAAAUAAAGGAAUCAGUUGAAAGUGCUGCCGAGACAUUGUACCCGGUAUAA